AUUGUAAACUUCUCAACCAAACCUUAUUUUUCUCUUUUUUUCUCUAUCUUCUAUCCUCUUGAUUAUAUUAUUCUAAUCUUCCAAAAUGAAUGGAGAUGAGACUAAUAAUGACCAAAAAACACCUCUUCUUCCAAUUCACAGGUCACAAAGUAUGAAUACAUUUAUUCACUCUAUUUUUUCACUCAAGAAUUUCUUCACAAUUUUGGGACCUUUAUUAUGUAUAAUUAUUUGCUUAUUUGUGAAAAUGAAUGAUGCUCCGGCGACUAGCACUAAUAUGCUCGGAAUUCUUGUUUGGAUUUUCACGUGGUGGUUGUCGGAGGCGGUGCCGAUGCCGAUAACUUCCAUGUCGCCGUUGUUUCUCUUCCCGUUGUUCGGAAUUUCGUCGGCCGACGACGUUGCUCAUUCUUAUAUGGAUGAUGUUAUUGCUCUUGUUCUUGGGAGUUUUAUACUUGCUCUUGCUGUUGAACAUUAUAAUAUACACAGAAGAUUGGCCUUAAAUAUAACACUAUUAUUCUGUGGGAAUCCAUUGAAUCCACCACUUCUUCUUCUCGGGAUCUGUGCCACCACAUUCUUCGUCAGCAUGUGGAUGCACAACGUGGCGGCAACGGUAAUGAUGAUGCCGGUGGCCACCGGAAUCUUGCAACGGUUGCCGUCGGUUAACCGGAACCAACCGGAACAUUCCGAUCAGCUGGUGACAAACUUCUGUAAAGCAGUUAUAUUAGGGGUUAUAUAUUCUGCAUCAAUUGGAGGAAUGAGUACAUUAACUGGGACAGGUGUCAAUUUGAUAUUGGUGGGAUUGUGGAAGAGUUAUUUUCCUCAAGAAAAACCUAUAAGUUUCAGCACUUGGUUUUUCUUUGGUUUUCCUUUGGCUUUGGUGAUUUUCUUUGCUUUGUGGGCUACACUUUGCUUAUUGUAUUGUAGGAAAGGAUCAAGUAGAUCUCUUUCUGCUUAUUUGGACAAAUCUCAUUUGAAAAGGGAGCUUGAUUUAUUAGGUCCCAUGGCCUUUGCUGAAAAGAUGGUUUUAUCAGUAUUUUCGAUUUUAAUAGUGCUGUGGAUGACAAGAAGUAUUACUGAUGAUAUUCCUGGAUGGGGAUCCUUCUUCAAUGGGCGUGCUGGUGAUGGAACUGUUAGUGUCAUGAUGGCAACUUUAUUAUUCAUAAUUCCAAACAAGAAGCAGCCAGGAGAGAAGCUAAUGGAUUGGAACAAAUGCAAGAAAUUGCCAUGGAACAUAAUUCUUCUACUAGGAGCAGGUUUUGCCAUAGCUGAUGGAAUUAGGUCAAGUGGACUUGCUGAUAUACUAACAAAAACCCUAGAUUUCUUAUCAAAAACACCAUACUUAGCCAUUGCACCAGCAGUUUGUUUAAUAAGUGCAAUUCUCACUGAGUUUAUCACAUCAAAUAAUGCAACCACAACAGUUAUGGUUCCUUUGCUCAUUCAAAUUGCUGAAACUAUGCAUGUUCAUCCUCUUCUUCUUAUGAUCCCGGGCGCCAUUGGCGCGCAAUUCGCUUUCUUGCUCCCCACGUCAACGCCUUCCAAUGUUAUAGGGUUUACUACUGGCCAUAUUGAAGUUAAAGACAUGAUACAAACUGGACUCCCUUUGAAAGUCGCUGGAAUUGCUGCUCUCUCUUUCUUGAUGCCUACCCUAGCGCCUAUUGUUUUUGGAACAGAUAAACCUUUAAAUGUAUCAAGGAAUUAUUUGCGUUGGUGUGGCUAGUUCUUUGGAUAAAGGGAUACAUAAGGCAAGAGGACACCAACCUUUGGCUUUGGUGAUUUUAAACCAAUUGAGAAACAGUUUAAGUUCUAGGUACUGGCGAUGUAAAAAUAUUUAUACAAUCAUAUCGAUAUUAGGGUAUUUUUCUCAGUUGGUGUUUUUCUUUUUUGGAAUUUUUCAUUGUAUCUAGAUGAAUUAUCCCUAUAGAGGAAUCAUCGUGGCGCAUGAGGAGGAGGAGGAGUUCUUGAAUAUAUUAUAUUUUGUUAUACAUAUUUGUUAUUUUCUUUUC